GGCGUCGUCUGUCGGCAUCAAGCCGCGUCCAGCAUGAGCUUUUCUUUCGUUUCCUGAGCCAUUGGGCAAUCAAUCGAGUCCUGUUGACGCGUUUUCUGCCUUGCUCUGCGGCAUUGAAUCGAAUUGCGCAGGCAUCGUCAUCGAGACAAGCACCGUUCCUUGUCUGGCACCGCCUAUAAUAGAGCACCACCAGCAACAUUCUGCCUCCUCUGUCUUUGCAACCUCUCCUCCUCCUUCUCCUCCUCCUCCUUACUCCUUACUCCUUACUCCUCCUCCCAUUCACCCCCUCUCCGUAAUCAUCAUUCAUUGACAUCCUCACAAUCGUCAUCAUGGCCCGUCGAAAGGCUGCCGCCGCCGCACCUGCUGCACCCGCAACGCCGCCGCUGGAAGGCCGUGUCCUCGCCAUCAGCGGCAAGUUUGACAACUCCAAGCACACCCACGCUUCUUUGGAGCAGCUCGUCAAGUCCUUGGGCGGCAGCGUCACCAAGAGCGUCACCAAGACCACCACCCACGUGGUCUGCACCGAAGAUGACUACAACAACAACACGGCAAAGGUGGCUGCUGGCAAAGCCAAGGACCUGCCCCUGGUCAGCCCGGAGUGGAUCUUCGAGUCCGAGAAACAGAACAAGACUAUCGACCCACAGGAGCAUGUCUGGGGCAGCGAUAGCGCUGAUCCUAGCGAUUCACAGGCCAAUGGCAAGAAGCGGCCCCUGAUGGUCUCCAAGAGCGAUGACGAUGAAGAGCCCCAAGCCAAAAAGACCAAGACGGCCAAAGGGGCCAAGGGCUCUAAAGCCGCCAAUGGCAAGGCAAAAGCUGACUCCGACCCCGAAUCUGAGGCCCAGCCCGAGACAAAAGAGGAGAGCCAGGUGGCUGAAGGCCAGUUCAUCAAGAAGAAGAAUGUGGCUAUUCCCGUAGAUGAGCACUGCCCGCUCAGCUCCUCCUACCAGGUGCAUAUCGAUCCAGAUAGCGGGUUGAUCUAUGAUGCUUCCCUCAACCAAACGAAUGCGUCACACAACAACAACAAGUUUUACCGUAUUCAGGUCCUUGUUGAGCCCAAGUCAAAGUCGUACAAGACAUGGACUCGGUGGGGCCGCGUUGGUGAAACUGGUCAAAGUGCCCUUCUUGGUAACGGCACCGUCGCAGACGCACUCAAAAACUUUGAAAAGAAGUUCAAGGACAAGUCUGGCUUGGCGUGGGACAACAGAGGUGAUAACCCAAAGCCCGGAAAGUACGCUUUUGUCGAGCGUAGCUACAACCCAGAUUCGGAUGACGAAGAUGAUGCCGACGACGAUGCCGAUGGCAAGGGCGUCAAGAAAGAGGAGGGAGACGAGAUCAAGAUUGCCGACUGCACCCUGCAGCCCGAGGUCAAAUCGCUCAUGGAGCUCAUCUUCAACCAGCAGUAUUUCCAGGCCACUAUGACUGCCCUGAACUACGACGCGAACAAGCUGCCCCUGGGAAAACUCAGCAAAACAACCAUCACCCGCGGAUUCCAGCAGCUGAAAGACCUCGCAGCCCUGAUUGAUGAUUCAACUAUCGCCCGGGACAAGUAUGGUAUGACUAUGGCCGAUGCCACGGAAAUGUUAUCCAACAUGUACUAUUCCAUCAUUCCGCACGCGUUUGGUCGCAAUCGACCCCCAAUCAUCCGAGACAAUGCUUUGCUCAAGAAGGAGAUAGAGUUGCUGGAGAGCUUGUCUGACAUGAAGGAUGCGGCCGAAAUCAUGAAGGUUGACCGCAAAGCGACAGACAACGUUCACCCUCUCGACAAACAGUUCCAGAGCUUGGGUCUCAAUGAAAUGACCCCGCUGGAUCCCACCAGCACCGAAUUCCAGUAUCUGUCAGGCUAUCUCAACGGUACCAAGGGCGACACCCAUAACCACAGCUACAAAGUCCAGGAUAUCUUCCGCAUCGAGCGACAGGGCGAAGACAUUCGUUUCAACGAGUACGCAGAGAACAGUAAGAUUGGUGCAAACCGCCGUCUCCUAUGGCACGGCUCGCGCGCCACAAACUUUGGUGGUAUUCUCAGCCAAGGUCUGCGAAUCGCGCCACCGGAGGCGCCCGUCUCUGGUUACAUGUUUGGCAAGGGUAUCUACUUGGCCGACAUGGCAUCCAAGUCUGCCAACUACUGCUGCUCGUACAUCUCUGGCGGCCAGGCCCUCUUGCUUCUUUGCGAAGCCAAGCUGGGUGACCCCAUGCAGCAAUUGACCAACUCCCGCUACGAUGCUGGCAACACUGCCAAGAAGGGCGGCAUGGAAAGUACCUGGGGUAUGGGUAUGACGGCACCGCCCAAGUGGAUGGAUGCUGGCGUUGUGCAUGAAAGCCUCAAGGGUAUUCAAAUGCCCGACAUCACUGAGAAACCGUGCGAUACCAACGUCGAUGGCGCAUACCUCCAGUACAAUGAGUUUAUCUGCUACGACGUUGCGCAGGUCAAGCUGCGCUACCUCCUCCGCGUCCAGAUGUAAUGAGAGGGGCAAAUUAGGGUGUAGUAAUCUCGGACUUGAAUCUUGCUUUGUUUUCUCUGUGGGUAUGUGAUGGAUGGAUUAUGGGCCUGGGCAUUAUGAGAAAGGAGUAUCUUUAGCCGGUUUUAUGGGCCAUUGCCUUGGGAGUUAUGGAAGACAAUAUUCGUGUAAGAUAGCUGGCUAAAGCGUUCAAGUAUGACGUUAUGACUAGAUGAUAAAUUG